UUCUUAUCAUCUCGCACCGAAGUGUUGCUCGUGCUGCACUUGGGAGCUCGAGGCAGCGCGAUGACGGACGCUUCAACUGAGACUCGUUCACAAUGUGACACUGAUGGAUCGACCGUAAGAUGCACAUUGGAAGACACUGACUUGAUGAGUUCUGACCCAAUUAAACUGAACGUCACUGAAGGACAAACUGUGGAAAUUUAUAGCUCAUGUCAACUAAACAAACCAGAGGGGCUUAAAUGUCUCUGCUACCAAAGGAUAAAUUCCUCUAUGGAUCCAUUGCAGAACACUGAGAGAUUUGGAAAUGAAAUAUACACUGUAAUCUGUGGCAUUCAUAGUGUUACAGUCGUUCAAUCACAACAAAAAAGGCCAUCAGUUCCAGUGCUCAAAGCUAUUGCAAAAGCAGGGAGUAGCAAUAUAGCUCAAUUAGUGUGUACUUCUGAGGGGAACCCAAAACCAACCAUCAGCUGGUAUGGUAACAGCACAAAACCAAAGGAGGGCAUGACAAAUAAGUGGUAUAAGACAGAGAGCAUUUUGAUGAGUUAUGAUUAUCAUCCUAACACUCCAAAUAUAAAGUGCUGUGCCUAUAAUUCCCUGGGAGAAGAAUGUACUGAGCUCUAUCAUUACGAUCUUAAUACGAAAGUGGAUGGGCAAAAGAUGAUUUUCCUGAAAUCUGGUCGGUCUCUGCUACUCCGUUGCACCAUAAAUUCUAGAAUAAACCCUGAACUGAGAUGGCACUUCAAUAACACAGUAGUCAAGGGAAUUACAUCAUUACAUUUUUUAGAUUGGACAGAGCACUUCUUUAUCGAAUCAGUUAACGUGAUGCAUAGUGGGGAGUACAUCUGCACAUCUAAAAACAGCCACUCUGGGAACACCUAUGUCAAGGUCCUUGAAAAUGACAAAAUCGACAUAUUGCAGUUGAAUGAGAACAACAGCAUACUAGCACGAAAUAAGGAAAGCUUUUGCUUCCAGGCUCUGGUGUUCUCCUUCCCAAAAGCCCAGUGUCACUGGAUUACACCAAAUCAAACCGAAAUACAGGGCAGAGAGACCCACCACCUUGAUUUUAAUAGUACUUUUAAGAUGUGUAACCCUGAACCGGGCCAGUAUCAAAUGAAACUAAUGACACAAGAAUAUAGUGUCACGAGGAACAUGUCUCUCUGCAUUAUAGACAUUCCUAUAAUUACAAUUCACAAAGAUUCAAACUUCACCAUUUGUGAGACUGAAAGCUCUCUACCUGUGACUGUCUCUUGGAAGAUCUGCCCAUCACAUGCUAAAUGUAUUGAUCCUAAAGAGUGGGAAGAGAUGCCUGUUGCUCAGCCCAAGUUCAUUGAUUCAGAUCAGUUCUGUCAGAAGAAAAUUCACUUUGCCAGACCACACUCAAACAGGGAGGACCAUCUUAUUAAAUGCUGCAUCACUAACAGAGCAGGGACUGGCUGCAGUGAACAAAUACUACUGCAAACGAAAUUCCGCAUUGAAUACGUGAUUUGUUUCCUGUUCAUCUUCAUACUCCUCGUGGUCAUCUUUGCCUUAAUCAUCUUCAUCAGAGUUAAGAAGCCUGUGUACCAGUGUCAGAUCCAGAUGAUUCAGAUGGUCGGACCCAACGACAAUGACUACAUAUACAUUGAUUUCAAGGAGUUUAAGUAUGAUCUGAAAUGGGAAUUUCCACGAGAAAAUCUUGAGCUUGGGAAUGAGCUAGGAUCUGGUGCUUUUGGGAUGGUUGUGCAGGCUACAGCAUAUGGGAUCAGCAAGCCGGGAGUCUCCAUUCAGGUAGCAGUAAAAAUGUUAAAGGACAAGCACCAGGCAAUGGAGAAGGAAGCUCUGAUGUCUGAACUGAAAAUGCUUACUCAUAUUGGACACCAUGAAAACAUUGUCAACUUGCUCGGAGCUUGCACAGGCUCAGGUCCCAUUUACCUGAUAUUCCAGUAUUGCUGUAACGGAGAUCUCUUGAACUACCUGAAGAGCAACAGGGAACGUUUUCACAAAUAUCUGACAGAUGCUUUCAACAGGGACAGAUUCAGGGGCCUCUACCACAACUUCCAGCAGAAGAGAAACUCCAGCGAGUAUGUUGAGCCUUCUAACAACCCAUGCCUGCACAUGACUCUUACAAGCAAAGGACAGGAGAUCGAGGCGCUCCUCAGUCCCAGCAUCACCUCAGUGUCUACUGUUGAGGAAAUGCUUGAAUGUGAAGACAAACUUCAAGAAGAGGAACUUCAGAGUCUCACCUAUGAUGACCUCCUGAGUUUCUCUUUUCAAGUUGCAAAGGGCAUGGAGUUCCUGUCCUCUAAAAAUUGUAUCCAUAGGGACUUGGCAGCCAGAAAUGUUUUGGUGACACAUGGCAGGCAAGUGAAGAUCGGCGACUUUGGCCUCGCCAGAGACAUUGAAUAUGAUUCCAACUACGUCGUAAGAGGAAAUGUGCGUUUGCCCGUGAAGUGGAUGGCUCCUGAGAGUAUUUUCAAAGGGCUGUACACUAUGCAGAGCGACGUCUGGGCCUAUGGCAUUCUUCUAUGGGAAAUCUUUUCUCUAGGAGUCACCCCAUAUCCUGGUAUAACUGUGAAUAACUCAUUCUACAGAAUGAUUGAAAGUGGAUAUCAAAUGGAGCAACCCUAUUAUGCAGCAGAAUCCAUAUACAGCGUUAUGUGUCGCUGCUGGACACUGGAUCCUGUAGAUCGACCUUGUUUCUCCAAGCUUGUGGCUUUCAUGGAAAAAGAGCUGGCUGCUUUGGAAGAGAGGCUAUAUUACAAUUUUGGAGGAUCCUGCCACAAUGAAGUAACAUACCAGAAUGCACCGAUGACCCCUGAUGCUACAUUGAUGGAGAACAAACAGGAUGCCUUCCAGUCCAACACUGAGAAUUCAGAUGAAGGCAAAUCUGUGGACAGUCCUGGAUUAGACAGAACUGAACCUCUUGUUUGAAUAUGAGUUUAAGCCUUGAUUAUGUCUGGCAUUGGGAAAACUUAAUGCAUAAUUUGUGCUUCCAAUACCACUUACACAUAGCAUUUUUAGUUUCAAGAGAAAUUGUGGAAGGAAUUGUUAUGUAUCAUUUCUUGUACCGCCAAUAAUAUGUUUAAUAUUUUUAGAUUGAGGCCUAUUAACCCUGAUUCGGUUAUCAAAUGUUUAUUUGUUAUUUUUUAUGGGUGUAAACAUUUUU